CCGUGUUUGGUGAAUCAGCUUGUACCGUGCCGAGUUUUAGGAGCAACAGUUUUCGUUGAUCGUUGUUGAUAUUUACGCGAUAUUUGAUAUCCGGUGUGGUUGUAAAAUUUUUCGUGCGUCCACAAAUCGGCUAUUUUCCGAAAAAGAAAGUAGAGGAAAGAAAGGUUAGAAAUUAGUCGAGGAUCUGUCAGCCUUAUCUCGAUUUCGUUUUGCGAGGUUCGAGUCGAACGGUUGUGAAUUUCGAUCGAGAAUUUGGCGGCAAUCUUAGCUCGUGGAGACGAAAAAUCGAAAUAGAAUCGUAAUAGAGUGACGUGUUGGUAUCGAUCGAAGAUCAGAAGCAGACAAGACGACAGGCAGCAGACUCUACUCGGAUCUUAAUUUCCCGGACCUGAAUUUCCGAUAAGGCGAUCGUCUUUCACCGAGAUGGCCGACAAGAACGAAUGGGACUACUCUGUCCAAAAUGGACCAAGCACGUGGAUGUCGAAGUUUCCAAUGGCGGCAGGAUCGAGGCAAAGCCCGGUAAAUAUCGAGACCAAUCGGGUAGAAUCUGAUCAUGAAGCUCUGAGUAGCAAACCCCUGCGUUGGAAGUAUCCGGCGACCGCUUCCCGGAUGCUCGUUAAUCCCGGUUAUUGCUGGCGGAUGGACACCGAUGGCGAAGGCACAUUUUUGAGUGGAGGACCGUUGAUGGACGAUGUGUACAAGCUGGAACAGUAUCACUGUCACUGGGGAUGCAGCGAUUCUAGAGGAUCGGAGCACACUGUGAAUGGACAGGCCUUUGCUGGAGAGCUACAUCUGGUGCACUGGAACACCAGCAAAUACAACACCUUCGCUGAAGCUGCAAAAGCGUCCGAUGGCCUUGCGGUUCUCGGAGUGUUCCUCAAGGUGGGCAAAACUCACGUGGAAAUGGAGAAAAUAGCUCGUCUGUUGCCAUACGUGUCGCACAAGAACGAAGUCGUAGAAAUCAGGGAACAAAUCGAUCCCAGCAAACUCCUUCCUGAUGAUAAUGGUUAUUGGACGUAUCUGGGAUCGUUAACUACGCCGCCGUGUAACGAGAGCGUUACAUGGAUCCUGUUCAAGAAGUGCAUCGAGGUUUCUCAUCAUCAGCUGAACAUCUUCCGCAAUCUGCGGAAAUUCUCCCGCGGUGAAGAGUGCCCCUGUCAUGAGAAUCAUGGGGCAGUAAUCAACAACUUCCGUCCGCCGAUGCCGCUUGGAAAUCGCGUGCUGCGCGAGUGCGGCAGCUUCUGAGCUCGU